AUGGGCACCGCAUACUUCUUCACUCUCCAGCCCACCUUCACCCAGGGCCUCAUUCUCGGCCAGUUCUCAGUUCUAUUCCUGCUCAUUGUCGUUCUCAAGUAUCUCUUCUUGGAUGGCGUCUCCGAUCGCUCUUACAAGACACCCUCAUACCAGCCAAAACCAGAGCCCGACGAGGAGGAUGCCGUGCCCUUGCUUGCAGAGAAACUCGGUGUCCGGCCGGGGAAGGACGACCAGAGCGGGGGCGGCAUAGAAAGUGCGGACUGGUUGAACGGCAUUUUGCAGCAGGUGCUGGAUGCUUAUCGAGUCAAGCUGCGCGAUGGCUUGUCGGGAGCCGAGGGCGACGAGAUUGCUCGUCGGCGAGUGGAAAUCUAUGCUAAUAAAAUGCGCCCGCCUGGCUUUCUGGAUCCGAUUAGAGUACAUUCGGUAGAUCUAGGUGCCUCAGCCCCUCACUUGUCUCGAGCUCGAUUCAAAACCCAGAGCACCUCCGACGCAGAUCCAGCAAUUGAAUUUGACAUGACUUAUGUCGACGCGCUUUCGAUAUCUAUAUCCACUUCUGUAUUAUUUCAUUACCCCUUCGCAUCAUUCGCGCGACUCCCAAUCUCACUCACUAUCUCCUUGUCCCGCCUGUCUUCAUCCAUCCUCCUGACGCCGCCACAUCCCCACGCACAACACCCCACUAUGACAUUCAACUUUCCCUCACCUAACACCGAGUUCACACUCAACCUACAGACAAAAUCCCUGAUGGGGAGUCGCGCAAAGCUCGCUGAUGUGCCAAAAGUACACGAGCUCAUCACACAUCAGAUACGAAAAGUAAUAUUAGAGAAAGGUACAUUGAAAGUCGUCUUACCAGGACUCGCAACUGUAAGUGAGGUUCAAGAGGAUGUCGAGAACGAGAGAGCGACCAGGUCAUAG